AUUUGUACCAGAAAUAAAAAAUAAAUUUAACAUUUAUCUAAAAUGAAAAUUUGCUAUCUUAUAAAAGUAUUUGUUUACAUAUUUGGUACAUUUUAUUAAAACCAGUGUACUCAUUUAUAGUACUGCUUAACGCAUCGUAGCAACAGUGCUGUGCAGCAAUACAACUAAACAGCUGUUUGAUAAAAGCUGUAAACAAAUCGAAGGCGCCCUUCGUAAAUUUCUAAAUAAUGCAAAUAUUACAACGUUUGUAUUGCUUGCCGGCUACACCAAUACAAAGCUAUUUCCGACACUACGCCAAGAAACCAAAAUUGGGCAUGGCGAUCAACCGGCGCAUGGUGCACCAGGAGUUAUUGCGUUAUGUAAACCCUUAUGCACGUAUUAAUAUUAAAUCGGACAUAUCCGUGCAUGUGGAGCCUGCUGAUGUCCAUGUGCACACCAGUGGCAAUGUGUUUAUAGCACAGCUGCUCGGUGGUCCAAUGUCCAACUGCAAAGCCAAGCUGGAUGUGGAUGUUUGUGAUGAUGAAAAGGUCGUGAAUGUGUUAGUUAAAAAGCUAACCGAACAAAACUCGCAUUUUAAAUGUCAUGUGAAAAUUCCUGUACAAGCCGAGGUGCACAUUGAUGCGGACGCCAAAGUUACAGUACAGGGCAUUCAAGGCGUGGCACUAAAGAUUAAGGCAUCUGGGGACAUAGUCACCAAGAACGUGCGCGCCACAGACAUUUCACUAUAUAGCGAAAAUGGCAAUAUCAUCUGUGAGGGCACGCUGCUGGGCAAGUGCACAGAAAUCGAAACACACAAUGGGAACAUCAAUCUGGACAAGCUGCAGGGCGACAGCUUGAAAUGCUCCACACAGGCUGGCGACAUUAACACAGAUAGCUGUUAUGUGCAGAAAUCCAAGUUUGAAACUACAACCGGGCGCAUGGAGCUUAAGAAUGUGCACAAGACAAGCGAAGUGUAUGUGCACCAAGCGGGCGACCUAAAGAUGACCGGCGUACAUGGCAACCUGAGCGUGGUUUCCAAUGGCGGCAGCAUGAACUUGCAGCUGUCCGAGCUGAAUGGCAAAAGUAAUAUUGUGGCGCAGAAUCUCAUAGACGAAGCCAUCAUCAACAUAUCCGAGGCCAUUGAGAAUAUUACCAUAGAAGUAAAAGCCAGUCAGGUUAAUCUAAACAACGAGCUGGAGCAUGUGUCCCAUGCACUGAGCGAAGACAAAAGUAAAUUCCUCCUGAACAAUGGCAAUGAGCAUCAUUUAGUCAUCAGCAGCACCGGGGAGAAUGGCGUGCGCCUGGGCAAGCAGUCCUGGACUGAUUCAUUGCGUCAAAAAAUAAAAUUAGCUGAAUAAAAUUAAGCUUUAACCAAUAA